ACAGCAGCGCCAUUCAGUAACUCCAACAAUAUCCAAAAUGGCAGGAGCUGAUGGAGACGACUCUCUCUACCCUAUCGCCGUUCUCAUUGACGAACUGCGAAACGAGGAUGUCCAGUUACGACUGAACAGCAUCAAGAAGCUGUCUACUAUUGCUUUGGCACUCGGUGUCGAGAGGACUCGCACUGAACUCCUUCCUUUCCUCACAGACACCAUAUAUGACGAAGAUGAGGUGCUCCUGGCCUUGGCUGAGCAGCUUGGCAAUUUCACUAUGUUGGUGGGAGGGCCAGAGUUUGUCCACUGUCUCUUGCCUCCUCUGGAGAGCCUAGCUACAGUCGAGGAGACCGUAGUCAGAGAUAAAGCUGUGGAGUCCCUGCGGAAGAUCUCUCAGGAGCAUUCUCCUGUGGACCUGGAGGUCCACUUUGAGCCUUUGGUCAAGCGUCUGGCCAGUGGUGACUGGUUCACUUCUCGCACAUCUGCCUGUGGUCUCUUCAGCGUCUGUUAUCCUCGCGUCUCCAGCACGGUCAAAGCAGAGAUCCGCCAGCAUUUUCGCACCUUGUGCUCAGAUGACACUCCGAUGGUGCGUCGUGCUGCAGCAUCUAAACUGGGGGAAUUUGCCAAAGUCCUCGAGCUGGAUUAUGUAAAAAGUGACAUCAUUUCCCUCUUCACGGCGUUGGCCUCUGAUGAGCAGGACUCGGUGCGGCUGCUUGCUGUGGAGGCUUGUGUCAGCAUUGCCACUCUGCUGCCUCAGGAGGACCUCGAGUCCCUGGUGAUGCCAACUCUCCGCCAGGCUGCAGAAGACAAAUCCUGGAGGGUCCGCUACAUGGUGGCUGACAAGUUCUCUGAGCUGCAGAAAGCAGUUGGGCCAGAGAUCACCAAGAACGACCUGGUCCCGGCCUUCCAGAACCUGUUGAAGGACUGUGAAGCUGAGGUCCGUGCUGCUGCAGCCAACAAAGUCAAAGAGUUCUGUGAGAACCUCCCAGAGGACAAUCGUGAGCAAAUCAUCAUGACUCACAUUCUGCCCUGUGUCAAGGAACUCGUUUCUGACACCAAUCAGCAUGUGAAGUCGGCGCUGGCCUCGGUCAUCAUGGGCCUUUCGACCAUCCUGGGCAAGGACAACACGAUCGAGCACCUGCUGCCUCUCUUCUUGGCUCAGCUCAAGGACGAGUGCCCCGAGGUGCGUCUCAACAUCAUCUCCAACCUGGACUGUGUGAACGAGGUCAUCGGCAUCCGGCAGCUCUCCCAGUCGCUGCUGCCGGCCAUCGUGGAGCUGGCAGAGGACGCCAAGUGGAGGGUCCGCCUCGCCAUCAUCGAGUACAUGCCUCUGCUGGCGGGACAGCUGGGAGUGGAGUUCUUUGACGAGAAGCUCAACACCCUCUGCAUGGCCUGGCUGAUCGACCACGUCUAUGCCAUCCGCGAGGCGGCCACCUGCAACCUCAUGAAGCUGGUGGAGAAGUUUGGAGCCGAGUGGGCCCAGAACACCAUCGUGCCCAAAGUGCUGGGCAUGGCCAACGACCCCAACUACCUCCACAGGAUGACCACUCUGUUCUGCAUCAACUCCCUGUCGGACGCUUGUGGUCAGGACAUCACCACCAAGCAGAUGCUACCGGUGAUCCUCAAGAUGUCCAACGACCAGGUGGCCAACGUCCGCUUCAACGUGGCCAAGUCCCUUCAGAAGAUCGGCCACAUCCUCGACAGCAAUGCCCUUCAAACCGAAGUGAAGCCGGUGCUGGAGAAGCUGGCCGCCGACACGGACAUGGACGUCAAGUACUUUGCCCAGGAGGCGAUCAGCGUUCUGGUCCUAGCAUAACCACCAUGGCGUAACCCGACUCCCCCGAAACAGGAACACAAACGCUUUCACGAGAUAUUUAUUAAUGUUCAGCAACAACUGGUAAAUGUAUAGAGAAAGCUGGUAUCAAUAGUUUUAUCCAUAUUUUGUUUGCUCCUUUUUGUUUACGGACCAAUAGUCGACUGAAGUCCCGACCUCGCUCCGCUCCGACGACGUGUGAUUUGAAAUGUGUGCGUGCGGCCUGUACUAGCUGAGCAUCGCUACCCAGAAUCCUCUGCACAUUCCUCCCCCGCACCUCCUCCGGGUUCCUUCAGCUCUCCCGCGUUCGAGACGCAAACUUCGAGCGGCGGCGUUGCAGCCGGCCGUUAAUCUGGCUGAGUUUCCUCCCCAAUUAUCGCCCUUUUCAUCGCGUGAGAAGUGAUUUGAAAAGCCUGAGCAGGUCCGCGAGGCGAUCCUCUCUUCGUCUUUCUCCAGGACACCAAACCUGAGAUCCCUCUGACCAAAAGCUCUGACGGAGGAGAUGAACUCUCCGUGAUUUGCAUGUUCCUCAUCAUCUCAAAGUGUCCCUCCCCAACUCUUCUUCAACCAGACUGUUUAAUCCUGAUUCUGUACAACUAUUAUAUCUGAAUAAAGGAACCAGUGUAACUCGUU